AUGAAAGGCACCUCUCCCGCAACGACGCUGGCCUCCGUAUCAACUCCAGACAAUUCACUACUAGGUGUCGAUCAUGGCGCCUGGGACUCAUCCAAGCUCGGACCUGUUGACAAGUGGCCCACGACGCUGAAGGCCUUCGCGCAAACAAUCUUAGCGAUCAGCUAUCCUGCAGCCCUGCUAUGGAGCAAGGACCACGUGCUCUUGCACAAUGAAGCUUGGCGUGAAGCAGGAAGUCUCACUGAUCAGGGUCAACCGCAGCGAGAGAGUCUGUCUACUGAACUACUCGACGUCUUAGAAGAGGUCACAAAAGAUGGCCUCCCUAAGGGGUUCCCAAGUGCGAAGCUGCUGAGCCAGGAUGCAGCGAAGGCCGACGAAUAUGGAUCUACUGCAUUCCUGACACCACUGUCCGCGGACGAGACAGAGUCGUGUAUCAUGGUGCAAAUACUUCCGGGAUCCAAGCCGCAGCAGAAUUCCGCGAGCUCACGGGACGGCAAUGCAACAAAAGACCAUGCCCUGACCACGGACAGCAAAGGUAUCGACGAGAUACCAUUGAAUGAGCAUCCCUACUUCAAAAAGUUUGCGGAGAUGUUGCCGUCAGGACUUGCCAUACUGGACCAUGAAGCCCAAGCAGUCUUUGUCAACCAGCACUUCUACGAGCUUACUACGACCACUAGUGGCGACGAGAAGUUCACGUCGUGGCCUCAGUCUAUACACGAUGACGAUUACGAUCGUGUCAUGAGUGCAUAUCGCGAGGCAUUCAAAAACCAGACACAGCUUCGCACAGAGUUUCGUGCUCGCGGAGAGCCGCAUCCUUGGCGUCUCCUGCUCCUAACGCCUCUGGGUGACGAUAAUCUGAGGCAGGUCAGUGGAAACAAGUUUGGCGGUUUCAUCUGCAGCAUCGUCGACAUCAGUUCUGAAAAACAGGCCGAGAUCAAUGAGCGGAAGGCAGCCAAGCAAGCUCGCGAGCGGAAAGAGCAGCAGGAGAGAUUUAUCGACAUGAUCUCUCACGAGAUUCGCAACCCACUGUCCGCAGUCCUGCACUCCGCCGAGGAUAUUAGCGAGGCCAUCACCAAAGGUGGAAACGAGAUCGAUGUCGACAUGAUCCGUGAAGCCGUGGAGACCAUCCAUCUGUGUGUAUCACAUCAAAAGAACAUUGUGGACGACGUACUAUCGUUCUCGAAACUCGACGCCUCACUGCUCUCGCUCGUACCACGACCGUCUCAGCCAAGCAGACAGCUUGCCAACACCCUGAAGAUGUUCCAACAUGAGUUCAGAAAAGAAAAGCUACAAUUCAGCUUCAACGUGGAUGACACCUACGAUAAGGUCAAUGUUUCCUGGGUCUUGGCAGAUGUCGCCAGAGUCUCGCAGGUGCUGAUCAACCUCAUCACGAAUGCGAUCAAGUUCACCCACAACGUGGACAGAGACAAGCAGAUUCAGUGCUCGGUUGGUGCGAGCCUGGAACGACCGCACAGUUAUCCACCGGACGUGGUGUUUUAUCGCAGCGACAAUAUUGCACACCGCAUGGAUGCAACCAACUCGAAGGACUGGGGCGAUGGUGAAGCCUUAUAUGUCAUGGUCGCUGUCCGUGAUACUGGAAUUGGGAUCUCGUCAGAAGGUCAGAAGCGCUUGUUUGAGAGGUUUCAACAAGCUACCCCGAAAACUGAAGAAGUAUAUGGCGGCUCAGGUUUGGGUCUCAACAUCAGCAGGAAAAUCUGCCAUCUUCAUGGUGGAGAGAUAGGCGUCAGCUCUCGCGAGGGUCAAGGAUCCACAUUUGGGUUCUUCUUCAAGGUCAAGCGCACAGAUCAACAUCCGGAUGCGAAAGAAGAAGAUGAAGCCGAGAAGCAAGAAGAACAUGAAAUGCGAGGGAAGAUCCGUGCGCUUGGCAAACAGAACCCCAACCACUUGGACACCGCGGAGCCCUUUGAGUACAGCAAGCCCGAGAGGAAAAGUCAAGAUCAGAGGGAAGAAUCCGAUCAGUCAGCUGGAAAGAUGAAACACAACUACGACGAUGCGCCCCCGGGCGAAGGCGACAUUAACGUGCAUGAUGAGAGUACGGGACAAUCGCGUCCUCAGGCACCGAGACAUAUCUCUGAAGAUGUCAAUACGCCCGACUCUGAGGCAACAAACACCAAGCGGCCCAUCUCGAGUCUGAAUCGCGAGCCUAGUAGGCGUGCACAUGUGCUGCUGGUAGAGGACAACAUCGUGAAUCAGAAGAUUAUCUUUCGCAAGUUGGAAACCAAGGGCUUCAACAUCACCACUGCCAAUAAUGGACAGGAAGCUGUCGAGGCUGUGAAAGCUGCGCCGAAACUCAACACGGGCGAUAAGAAGGCUUUCGACAUCAUUCUGAUGGAUCAAGAGAUGCCAAUCAUGGACGGCAACGCGGCCACAAAGGCGAUCCGACAGCUUGAGCAGGAAGGGCAAACCGAUCGUGUACCAAUUCUCGGGGUCACAGCCAACGCACGAGGCGCUCAGCAAGAUGAGAUGUUAAAGAAUGGUAUGGACGAUGUAAUCUCGAAGCCGUACAAGAUUGACGAGCUGGUAAGUUUGCUGACAAAACUGACUGUGCCAUGA